CCGCCCUUGGUCCCGCCCUCGCUGACGUACCGCGGGUCACCUGACUCAGCUGCGGGCUGAGGAGACACAAGGGAAGUGGCCGUCGUGGGAGCAGUAUCCUCCGACCCCGGACCACCGCACCAUGCCGUCCGAGAAGACUUUCAAGCAGCGUCGCAGCUUCGAACAAAGAGUGGAAGAUGUCCGGCUCAUCCGGGAGCAACACCCCACCAAGAUCCCAGUGAUAAUAGAGCGAUACAAGGGUGAGAAGCAACUGCCUGUCUUGGACAAAACCAAGUUCCUUGUACCCGAUCAUGUGAACAUGAGUGAGCUCAUCAAGAUAAUUAGAAGGCGCUUACAGCUUAACGCCAAUCAAGCUUUCUUCCUCCUGGUGAACGGGCACAGCAUGGUGAGCGUGUCCACGCCCAUCUCUGAAGUGUACGAGAGUGAGAAGGACGAAGAUGGCUUUCUGUACAUGGUGUACGCCUCCCAGGAGACAUUCGGAACAGCACUGGCUGUGUAAGACUAGAACAGUGCCUAAUGUUUGUUAAGCCCUUAUCAAGGAAAAAAGGGAUGUUACCAGCAGACGCUGGGCAGCUUACCAUUCACAGAUCAGAACAUAGGCGCCCACCUAGGGUGUUAGGAACUGUUUGUCAGCAAGAAACUGAGCUCCAUGCAAGCGCAUUCAGCUUUGAAACUCAUCUAAAUUAGGCUCUCUUGUGUUCAAACUUUAGAAGUUUAAAAAUAAAAUACUUUGCAUCCUGAGUUGCCAAUAAAACAGACCACGUUAUUUUGACAUUUUUCUCCUGUAGGGAUUUAAAUGGAAUAGCAGCAUCAGGGGCAGUCUUUUCCUGGGAUCUGCUGCCUUCUCUAAAAGGGCUUCCACUCAGUAGAGAAGUCUGCCUAAGCAGUCCCUCGGCCCAGGUUGUCUAGCAGAGGCCCCAGAGGGCUCUAGCUUUGCCCAAAACAAGUUAGAUGUGUAGGAUAUGGCUUUAAGUAGCCUGGUCCUGACCCCCAGCUACACUACCAUUGCUCACCCUCAACAGUGCAGGGGAGCUUACCUGCUGCUGUCUAGAUGCUACCAGAUAUUCCUCACUGCUCAGAGACCAGUUCCAGCCUUGAACAGGGGGUCUCUUGGUUCAGCAUCUAAGGAGGCUGCAAGAUUGGAUUUGGAUUCUGUUUGGCCCAUACCUGCUUCAGGGAAGGGGAACAAUCAGGUAUGCAGUGCUGGCAUUAGGAUGCAGCUGUCAAAUGGUAGACUCAACUCUGAAGUUCAAAUGCACUCCAUCUGCAUUUAUCUUAAAGCUAUAAAUAAUUUGUUAGGGUAUAACUGUCUUUGUAAUGGUAGUUAUAUCAGACAGCUGUUGAGAUUCUCCCACUCCAUGUCAGUACAUUAGAUGUCAGCUGUGAUGACGCCGGCAGCAGGAGACACACCUGCUCUUGACAGAGAUCCAUGGCCAGUUCCAGCUAAAGCAAACCACUGCUUCCUACUACCUGCAUGUGGUCCACUGUGACACUCAGACCAUCUUUGGUCAUUUAUGUUUGUGAUCUGAGAAUCUCAGUGAGAACUGCCUGCUGUCAUGGAGGGAAGCCAACAUAGCCACGUAGUAUCCUAGCUCCUUACAGGCACCUCCCCCUCCCUGCAUGCAACUGUCCACUUGCUGACUUUCAAUGUUAUUUUAUUUACAUCAUUAUAUCUGACUACCCUGUCUUGUGUAGGUUGUGUAUGUCAUUAUGUCCCCGGUUUUUAUAACUACGGUGCGAUCAAUAAGGAUUCCUGUAAUACUGCUUUAAAAACGCUGCUCAGAGUGGCGGCCUUCAUUUAUAGGACACCUGUAUACUUCGAUGCACUAAGUGAAUAAAGGCACAAUUGAACCUGU